AGGAGGGGAGCGGAGGAGGGAGCCCCGGCUGCGUCCCCUUCGCUAGGGAAACCGCUGCUGCCCGAGGCAGCCAGAGGCCGCGCGAUGCCGAGCGCGGAGGUGCGGGCCGCGCUAGCUGAGGAGAACGCAGAAGACGAAGCCGGCGCCGACCCGCGACUGCGAUUUCUGGGGGCCUACGUGGUCCAGGGCCUGCGGCCGGCUGCGGGCGCCUGGGAGCGCUGCGCGGGCAGCGCCGAGGCGGAUCGGCUGCUGCACGCCUUCCUGGGCCGCGAUGCUGCGGAGGGUCCGCAGCCGCUGCUGGUGGUGCGGCCCGGGCCCGGGGCCUGGCGCUGCAACCCGGGCUGGACGCGGGACCGGACUCUGGCACGCCUCGAGCUAAGGGGCUUUUUUUCCUGCGCACCAGGCCCGAGCCGCCUGGGCCCUACAGCCUCCGCGGCUCGGUGCUCUGCGGGGACGUGCCCGCAGCCCCUCUGGAGCACCUGUCCGCGCUCUUCUCCGAGGUUGUUAUCCCUGUCUUGGCCAAUGAACAGAAUCACCUAGACUGGCCCCACGUGGUACGUCAAGAUGUCCGGCGGCAUGCCCACAGCCUCCAGUGUGACCUCCUGGUCAUCGUUGAGCAAGUGAAGGGGAAAACUUUGCUGCCUCUUCCAGCAGGCUCAGAAAAAAUAGAGUUUGUGGGUUCUGAAAGUGAGACCAUGUAAGUACCACCAGCCUGGCCAUAUGGGCCUCUGAGAUAUGGGAGAUGC